UGAAAUCAGUGAUUGAAAAUUAUCUAAGGAAAUAGUGUGUAGAAGUUAACAAAAUUAAUCAUGGUCCGAUCAUGAGCCGGCAUUGCUGAUAGUUAUCCUAUUGUAUAUUUUUGUGUAUCUUAUUGACAGUUUUUGUAUUUAUUAUUGUAAGAAAGUAACUCAAACUUUUAUGAAAUUUUAAAAGAAUAGUUUUCUAUUUCUUUUAUUGAUUAACUACAUAUUAUCUUACAAUUUAACACUUUAUAUUUAGGAAUCGAGUUUUAAGUUGAAGAGUAUUUUUAAUUUUUUUUAUUUUAGUUUAUUUUCUUAGUGUACUACUUUUACAUUAUUUUGUUUGAGUAAAAAUUAAGAAUAAUGUUAAAAUCUCUUACAAUUUUAAGAAAUAUACAUUUAAAUAAUACCAAUUGGUCAUCUACUAAAGCACAAUUAAUGAAGCUUAGAAAGAAAACAGGCUACACAUUUGAAAGCUGCAAAAAAGCAUUAGAGUUAAAUAAUAAUAAUUUGGAAAAGUCUGAAGAAUGGCUUAAAGAAGAAGCACGUAGAUUAGGAUGGGCAAAAGCUAAUAAGCUCGCCAAUCGUGUCACUUCACAGGGUGUAAUUGCAUUAGCUGUUGAUAACCAAAAACAAGUUGCUACUAUGGUUGAAGUAAACUGUGAAACUGAUUUUGUUGCCCGAAACAAAUCUUUUCAAUCUGUAGUUGAUGUUGUGACAUCAUCAUGUUUGGAUUUUGCUAAAAAACAAAAGGCUUUGGAGAAUUCUUUUUCAAAGGUUAACUUAAAAAGUGGAGAGUUAAUGGCUUUAAGUGGAACUGAAGGUAAAUCUUUAGCUGACCAUAUUGCUGUAACUAUUGGUAACUUGGGAGAGAAUCUAACUCUUAGGCGAGCCACCUGUUUAAACACACAAGAUACUGGAUUAAACAUUAUUGGUGUCACUCAUCCUGCUAAUUCUACUGGAAAUCAUUAUUUAACUGGAAAAUAUGGAUCUUUAAUCAUUUAUCGUCGACAUUUAGAUGAUCACAAUAUAAAUGAAAAAUCAUUAGACAAUUCUCAUAAUGAAAUUCUUCGUCAAAUGUGUCAACAUGUUAUUGGUAUGAAUCCAAAAAUUGUAGGUGUUCUUAGAACUUAUGAAUCGCCUAAAUCUCAAGAUGAAAUUAUUAAUAAUGAUACAUUAACUGUAAAUGAAGAUACUAGUGUUGAUGAAAGAAAAAAUGUAGAAUUUGAAGAAGAUGGAAUGCUAGAACAAGCGUUUCUUCUAGAUCCUUCUUUGACUGUUGGACAAGUUGCAACUGAGUAUGGGAUAGAUGUAUUAGAUUUUGUUCGAUAUGAAUGUGGUGAAUCAUAAUUUUAUAGAUAAUAAAUUUUAUUUUCUUCUAUUUGUUAAAUUUUCAUAGAAUAAACAUAAAGUAUCUCAAGAAAUGUAAAAUUAUAACUUUUUAUCAAUUUUCAUUGUUGUUUCAUAAUUAAAAAGUUAUUUACUAUCUAAAUUCAAUUUAAAUUAAGUUCAAUUUAGUGGAAAUAUUAAAAGUUUAUUUUAACUAAACAAUUUUUAUAGUGUUUGAUUCAUAAUUAUGGUUGUUAUUGUUUUACUUUAAAUAAUGUCAUUUUUUUAAUUGUCAGAUAUGAUCAAAAUUUGGGAUAUAUAUUUAACUAUUUUGUGAAAUUAUUUAAUAAAAUAUUGAAAAAU